CGCUAUGCGUGUUAUACAAGUAUACUCGAGAUUAUCUUAUCAACAAUUUGUUUUUCAUUGAACCAGCGGAAACUGCUUUUUCACUUGACGUCAACCCGAUAAGUUAUCCUGAUAAAUGUGAAUUAAAACAAUUAAACUUGAUUUCUAGACACGGAUCAAGAUAUCCAAAUCCAAAUGAUAUUAUAAAUUUUGAAAAAUUGGAAAAAGUAUUUUCUAAAGUUUCUGCUGCGAAAGAAUGGUAUAAAAAUCCUUUCCCUUUGAGGAAAAAUAAUCAAUUGGUCAAACGAGGGGAAAUCGAACCUUUUUUUGAUGGUCUACAAUGUCGUAAAAGGUACAAAAAGUUUUGGGAUGGUGUUGAAUAUGAUCCGGAAGUUAUAAAAUUUCAGAGUACUCAAACUUCAAGAGCCGGUGCGUCGUUAAUGUCCUUCAGUGAAGGAUUAUUCAAUGGUUACGGGCCAUUAGACGCUUGUAAAAGUCAACCUAUUUAUUACUGGAAUCUACCACUGGAACAAGACUCUACAUUAAGCAUGUUUACCUCCUGUCGACGCUGGAACGAGACUGUGAAUACUAAUAAUCCAUUACGUAACGAACAAAUCUAUUUAUAUGGUAACAAGACUCUUGCACCAAUUGCCAAGAGAAUUUCCAAAGAUUAUCAUAUUAGUCCACCUCUUGAUCCACAUCUAGUACCAUUUAUAUUUACUAAUUGCCAAUUCUGGCUCACUGUUUAUAAUCGAACCGAUGCAUGGUGUUCUUUAUUGAGUCCUAAAGAACUUUUAUUAUCACGAUAUUUUUUUGAGAUGGACUUUUAUUAUCGAUUAUCAUAUGGUAGCCCACUUAAUUUACGAAUAGGUUGUAGAUAUAUUACCGAACUUGUUAAUGGAGUUGAAGGUUAUUUGUAUGGUAAUUCUUCCGUGAUAGCUGAUUUAAAAUUUUCUCAUAGUUUUUCUAUGACAAUGAUACUUACUACACUCGGGUUAUUUAAAAAUGAAUAUCCACUCACGGGAAAUUUAACCUUUGAACAAAUUCAAAACUUCGAAUAUUCAGAAUUUAGGAUCAUACCCUGGUCUUCUACGAUUUAUUUCGAAAUUUAUAAAUGUUCCGGUAAUAACGUAUACAUGCGAAUAUUACUUGAUUUUAAACCGCUUUAUAUUCCGGGUUGUGGGGAAUAUUGUGAGUGGAACAAAUUUAAAAUGAUUCUUGGUGAUAAGAUUGGGUGCGACUACGAGAAGUUAUGCGCUUAUCCUUGA